CGGAUUCAGCAAAAAAGAAAAAAAAAAGACGACGAUAAUUUUCCAGGGCCCACCGGCCCAGGGUACAAAAAUCGCCUGGUCACAAUAAAAAAACUGAACCGCCACGACGCAAUCGCCGCCGCGUCUCCACGCCGACCCGGCGAUCGCCGGAGAAGAAGAAGAGGGAGAAGGAGAAGGUAGCAGCGGCACCGCGACGAUGAACGGCGGCGACGUGGCGCGGCAGCUCAAGCAGAUGACGGACUUCAUCCGCCAGGAGGCCGUCGAGAAGGCCGCCGAGAUCGAGGCCGCCGCCGCCGAGGAAUUUCAAAUCGAGAAACUACAGCUGGUGGAAGCUGAAAAGAAGAGGAUCAAGCAGGAAUAUGAACGGAAAGAGAAGCAGAACGAUAUUGAGAAGAAAAUUGAAUACUCAAAGCAGGUCAAGGAUUCCCUAAUUGAAGUUCUGCGAGCUCAAGAUGAUUUAGUGAAGUCUAUGUUGGAGGCAACAGGGAAAGAGCUACUGUACAUUAGCCGAGAUCACCAUGCAUACAAGAAUCUUCUUAGGAUACUCAUUGUUCAGAGCUUGCUGCGUUUGAAAGAGUCAGCUGUGAUUCUCCGCUGCAGAAAGGAAGAUCGUGAGCUUGUCGAAUCAGUUUUGGAGUCUGCAAAGAACGAAUAUGCGGGCAGAGCAAAUGUAUAUCCUCCUGAAAUAGUGUUAGACCGUAAUGUCUAUCUGCCAUCUGGUCCUAGUCAUUACGAGGCACACGGACCCUCCUGCUCUGGUGGAGUUGUAAUAGCUUCCCGAGAUGGAAAGAUUGUCUAUGAAAAUACAUUGGAUGCUAGACUAGAGGUGGUUUUCAGAAAGAAGCUGCCGGAGAUUCGUCGGAGCUUUUUUGGGCAGAUAGCUGCGUGAUUGAUUUCAUGAAAUACAGGAUGCUGCACAAUUAUGUUUCUCUUGCUUGAUGCUAUCCAAUAAAGCAUUUUGGGAGUUCAGAUGUUUUAUCACUUUGCGCGAGGAUGUUAUUAUUAUUAUUUUUGCAUAGGAGGAGCCAUUAUCAUCAAAUUACAGACCUCAGUAGCGAAUAAAUUCAAUGUUCAUGUUAGUAAGGCACAAGUGUAGUUAUAACGCCUAUAUGUACAAAUCAUCUCGUCUCACAGAAGGCGAACCCUUGUAAUUUAUUAUCUGUUUGCUUU